AUGAAUUUGAAUACGCGUCAAUAUUAUUCAUUGGUGUAUCAUCUUCGUUUAGUUUUUCUAAUCGUCCUUAUCGAACAAAUAGAGCUUAUUGAUGCAAAUCAGAUAAAUUUGAAACAAUCAUAUUGCCGAGAUCUGCGCGAUUGUCAAACUUACUUUCCAUGCGCAGUUUUUUCCAGUGGUUUUAGUUAUCUAUACGUCAUCAAGCGCUGUCCAAACGAUCAAAUUUUCGAUGAGAAAAAACAAAAUUGUGUCCGAAAUACUUUUACUGAUCCGACAUGUGCGAAAAAGGUUGCGAAAAAGAAAUCACGCUUGCCGACAAAGCGUCCGACUAAACUCGAACAAGUCGAACGAGUUGGUAGUUCGACACGUAGACCUAGCAAACUUCCAUUUCAUGCAGCAUGGGUUAGUCAGCUGAAGAGAAAAAAUAUCGAUGUCGAAGAAGUUGACACAACGACGGAAUUUGCGCCGAAUCAGUUGCCAGUAGAACAAACGAAUGAGAAUCCGAAAGUUCAGCGUGUUUGUUACAUUACCAAUUGGUCACGAUACCGUCCAGGUGAAGCGAAAUUUGAACUGGAGUACAUCGAUCCACAUAUGUGCACACAUAUUAUCUAUGCAUAUGCAACUGUCGAUCAAGACAAACCGGAAAUUACUCCGAUACAAAAGGAUGAUAUAGAACAUUAUCGAGAACUUGCUUUGCUGAAAAAAACGAAUCCCGAGUUGAAAGUGUCGAUUCGACUGGGUGGGAAGAGUGCAGCGUACACUCGAUAUCUCAAACGAUCGAAAACUGCUUCACAACUUGUACGAAGUCUUAUUUGGUACAUGCAAUCAUACGGUUUUGAUGGCGUUGAUGUGGCUUUUGAAUUUCCGGAUGAUGAUGUUCCAGAGGAUAAAAUUGCAUUGACUGUUCUACUUGAAGAACUAGCCAAACAGAAACGAUUGAUGCCGCAGAUGAUCGUAACAUUAACUGCAGCACCAUUUAUCGAUCAUCUAUCGAAAGUAUAUGACAUUCAAAAAAUUGAAAAGUUAGUCAACUAUGUCAAUUUAAUGACAUUCGAUCUUUAUGGUCCGUGGGAUGAAAGAACGGGUGUAUCUGCUCCUCUGUAUCAUCAGCCAUAUCAGGCCGAAUCGGAGUCGCUUCGAAAUGUCGAUGGAUUGGUUAAAUUGUGGUUGAGUCUUGGAAUUCCACGUGAAAAAUUAUUGAUUGGUAUACCGACCUACGGGCGAUCAUUCACACUGACUAGUUCGCAGAAAGGUCUUCAUGCACCGACCAGCGGUCCAGGUUAUCCUGGUCGAUACACGAAAACAAGAGGUUUCCUUUCGUAUUACGAAGUGUGUGAAAAAAAUAAUUCAAAAAGUUGGCAAAAAGUGUGGCUAGAUACUGAAAAAGCUUGGUAUAUGACCAGUGACGAUCAAUGGAUCACGUUUGAAGAUGUGGAUUCAGCAAUAUUGAAAGCACAAUAUGCAAAAGGAGAACAAUUAGCUGGUGUGUUCAUUUGGAGUGUCGAUAAUGAUGACUUUUCUGGAUUUUUAUGCAAUACCGAGCCAUUUCCGAUUACUCGUCAAGUUUUUGCUACUUUAAACCUACCAGUUCCUGUUACAAGUGCGCCAGCCAUUGCACUUCAAAUGCCUGUACAAACUAACGCACCAGUUCGUUUCCUCAACGUACAGUCUCAACAAUCGUUUGCAUCUGCAAUCUUACCUGCGAAUAUACAAAGAUUAUUGAACGCUCUCAAUGCUCUAUCAGGCACAACACGUUAUUUACCUCCGAUUCAGACGACGCCAGCACCUCCACCGCCUCCAGUCGCUCAUCAAACGUACAAUGCUGAAUAUAUAUGCGGUCGUCAUGGCAUGCAUCGUAACGGAAUUCACCGAGACCGUACAAAUUGUUCAAUAUUCUAUUAUUGUGAAGGUGAUGAUGUGAAUCCUUUGCGUUAUCAUAUCUUUUUCUGUCCGCCGGGUUUGGAAUUUUCCAUGGAUGGAUGUACUUGCGACUGGCCAACAGGUCAUUCAUGUCAGACAGGUGGUGAUACCUUUUGUGUUUCACUUGCAACUACGACAACGACCACAACCAUGCGAACACCUUAUCUUCCUCAAUCAGCAAUUGAUACAUUGAGUAAUCUUGGUCAACUAUUGGAUAUAUCCGAUGGUCGUACAUCAGCUUUUGAUUGUGCUGGACGACGUUCGGGUCUCUAUCGGGAUAUUUAUGAUUGUACGAAAUUUUACUUUUGUACAACCAAUGAACAAACAUUCGAUGGAACAUUACUUCGCUAUGACUUUAUUUGUCCAGCAAAUUAUGUAUUUAGUAUGCUAACAUGUCGUUGUGAAACGCGACAAAGUCAUAUUUGUCGUACAUUGUUAAAAACUGAUUGUGUACUCUUAUAA